CCACUGAUAUUAUUUGAUGGCCAUUCACGAAGACAGCGCCAAAGGUGUCGAAGAAGGGAGUCUACUAGUCUAUUUGUUUUGUUAGUGGUCUUUAGUCGUUAAAUCUACGUAUUAUUCGUCAUAAUUUCAGCAAUAGCCUUUCACACAAGUCUCCUGCCAUGCUAAUUAAUAUAGAUUUUUAGCUUGACACCAUCUCCCACGGUUAGCUCGGCGCUAUCUCAAGGUUAGCCACCGGCUACGCUACCUGAGUGACCUGUCUUGCUGGUAUUGACACAGCCAUGUCUCCAUCGAUUCCACUGCAGGAGAUGAUCCGGGCCAUUAGGUCGGCCAGGACCCAGUGCGAAGAGCGGGGUGUCAUCCAGAGGGAAUGCGCUGUCAUCCGGGCACAAUUCCGACAAUCUGACAACGACGGUCGAUCUCACAACCUGGCCAAGCUUCUCUAUGUCCACAUGCUUGGCUAUCCUGCACACUUUGGUCAGAUGGAGUGUGUUCGGAUGAUAGCCAGCCCUCGCUACAGUGAAAAGCGUGUAGGAUACCUCGGAGCCAUGAUGCUGCUGGAUGAGAAGCAGGAUGCCAGUUUGCUCAUCACCAAUUCCAUAAAAAAUGACCUGUCUCAUAGUAGCCAGUAUGUGCAGUCUCUGGCUCUAUGCACUCUCGCCUGUAUUGGCUCGGCCGAGAUGUGCAAAGAUCUUGCCCCGGAGAUUGAGAAGCUGCUUCGAGCCUCCAAUUCUUACAUUAAAAAGAAGGCUGCACUGUGCGCCAUCCACAUCGUUCGAAAGGUUCCAGAUCUCGGGGAGCUCUUUGCCCGAACGGCUCGCUCUCUCCUGGCCGAGAAGCACCACGGUGUGCUCCAUGGUGCUGUAGUGCUCAUCACAGUGCUGUGUGAGUGUAGUCCAGAUACACUGGAGCGCUUCAGAAAGACAGUCCCAGAUCUGGUUCGCAUUAUGAAAAGCUUGGUCACUUCCGGUUACUCUCCAGAGCAUGACGUGGCAGGGAUCAGUGAUCCUUUCCUACAGGUCCGCAUCUUGAGGCUGCUGAGAAUCCUCGGGCGCAACAAUGAGGCAGCAAGCGACACCAUGAAUGAUCUCCUAGCUCAGGUAGCUACCAAUACAGAUAGCACGAAGACCGUGGGCAAUGCUGUGCUGUAUGAGACUGUUCUCACGGUGCUGGACAUCAAGUCGGAAAGUGGCCUCAGGAUCCUGGCUGUGAACAUCCUGGGCCGCUUCCUCCUGAAUAACGACAGGAACAUUCGAUACAUUGCCAUGACCUCCCUGCAAAAGAUUGUCGGGACAGACAACAUUGCCGUACAGCGUCACAGAGGAACCAUUGUGGACUGCUUGAAAGACCCGGACGCUUCCGUCAAACGCCGUGCAUUAGACCUCUCCUUAGCAUUGGCAUCCGCCAGCAACAUCCGCUCCAUGAUGAAAGAGCUGCUCAUGUUCCUCUCCUCCUGCCCACCUGAACUCCGAGCUGAAACGACCAGCGGGAUAUUCUACGCUGCAGAGAGGUACGCACCUUCCCAGCGCUGGCACAUUGACACCAUCCUGCAUGUCCUCACCACGGCUGGAGGUGAUGUGAGAGAUGAAACCGUUCCCAACUUGAUCCUGCUCAUCACCAACGCUUCUGAGCUUCACUGUUACACCGUCCACAAACUUUACCGAGCACUGCUAAGUGACAUCUCUCAGCAACCACUGGUUCAGGUGGCCUGCUGGUGCAUUGGAGAGUAUGGAGAUCUGCUACUCAGAGGAGAAUGUCGGGAGAUGGAACCUGUUGAGGUAACCGCGGACAGUGUGCUGGAAGCCUUGGAAACGGUUCUCCAGUCUCACAUGUCCACCCCGACGACGAGGGGCUUCGCUCUCACUGCCACCAUGAAACUGAGCACCCGCAUCAUGGACAAUGUCGAUCGAAUAAAAAGCAUUGUAAGCAUUUACGGCAGCUGCAUAGACGUGGAGCUCCAGCAGAGGGCAGUGGAAUAUAACGCGCUCUUCAAAAAAUAUGACCACAUGAGAGCAGCAGUGCUGGAGAGAAUGCCUGUGAUUGACAGGAACUCACCGGGUCAUACCAAUGGGGACUCCAUGGGGGGCGUCAUCAAAGAGUUGGAGGUGGACAAGGUGAAGCAGAGAGAGACCCUACUGCCACAACUACCUGCUAACCAGGUAUGUGAUCUUUUGAACCUGCUUGGGGACUCAGAGGAAUCCGUUCCGGCGGGCCCAGCUCAGGGUGACACGGUACCCGUCCAGUCCAUAACCACAGCCAAGCCUAUCGGAGGAGAGCUUUUGGAUCUGUUGGGCGGAUUCGAGCCCACCCCCUUGGCAUCAGGUUUGAGUGCUACACCGCAAAUCCAAAGGCAUCUAUGUCAAGAUGCGCAAAGGGGGUCGUGUUUUGUUCGCGUCAUUCGUAUGACGUUAUCAGCUUGCUUAUAUUUCAUAGCCCCUGCAGUGACAGUGUACGAGAAGAACGGUGUGACUCUGACACUCAGCUGUGAGAAACAGUCCGACUCGGCCGUGACGGUAACCCUGAAAGGCUGCAACUCGUCUGACUCGGACGUCACAAGCUUCGCUCUGCAGGCUGCUGUGCCAAAGAGUGUCCACUUAAACAUGAAGGCCCCCAGCGGAGACACGCUUCCUGCAAAAGGCUUGGCUCAUGUGACCCAGUUGGUACUUCUCAACAAUCCAAACAAGGUCAACCUUAAAAUGAGGAUACGGAUAUCUUACUCAAGCCAAGGAUCUUCCGUUCAGGACACAGUUCAAAUCGAUUCCUUUCCUGGACUUUCUUGAUUGGCUCCCAUCACCAGACAUUCCUCAGAUUCACCAUUUGGUUGUUUACUCUGAUGUGAGUCAUCAAUUUGAUAUUGCAUUCAAAAGUAAUCAAGUAUUGUUUUUCCAAGGUCAGCAGGCUAUUAAGCAUCAUCAGCCUAGAUAUCAUAUUCAGGGUUUUGAUUACUGUAGUUGAUUUGACCUACCAUAUGAUUCUUUUAUUUCUUUGAGAUGCUGAAUGUCUUGUAGCACUCCCUCCAAAUCAAUUGGCCAACUAAUGAAGUGUCACCAUAUGGUCAUCGCUCCCCUCUUCUCCUGUGCCUUUUAUUCUUUGUGCUCAAUUUAUUAUCAUUCAAUUACAUUGCAAUCAGCAUUACUUGAUAAAUCGUGCAGAACCUGUUGAACAA